GCUAUUAAGGUCCAAGAUAAGGUGAUGAUCCCACAGGAUGACUAUCCUACUAUUAACUUUAUCGGACUACUUAUUGGACCUCGUGGAAACACCUUGAAGAGAAUAGAAAAAGAAAGCAACUCUAAGAUAAUGAUACGAGGAAAAGGCUCAACAAAGGAAGGAAAAGCACAAUUAUAUCCGAAUUCUGGUGAAGAUGAAGCUUUACAUGCACUGAUUACUGGCUCAACCGCUGACGGUGUUAAGAUUGCCGUUAACAAGAUACAUGAAAUAAUUCAGUGCGGUAUCGAUUCUCCGGAAGGACAAAAUGAUCUAAAACGUAUGCAACUUCGUGAACUAGCUCAAUUAAAUGGCACACUGAGAGAAGAAGAU